UCCACAGACAUGUUCUCCAUAAACUGAGCAAACCUGCGAAUUGGCUCAACCUGUGAGCCAAACAAACAAACCAAAUUCCGUGGGGCUUACAUUAGUGAAAUCUGUCUACAACCAUUAGAUCGAAGACUGGUUUUCUAUUCGAAAUUCUGGAUGUGAAUUUUGAUUCUUUUCCCUUUUACUAACGUAGUGGUCGGGGUUAGUUAUGCAGAAGACAGUGACUCUGUCAGGACCUCAGCAUGGCAUUUUUCUAUUAACUUCGGGACUAAAUUGCUACAUUUUUUGCCAUGAAUAGCAGCAGUGCUUGCACCGAUGGCCCCUGUAUACGAAGGUAUGGCCUCGCAAGUGCAGGUGUUUUCUCCGCAGCAGGCUCUGGCGUCCAGCGCCUUCUUUAGCGUGAAGAAGCUGAAGGUGGAGCCGGGCUGCGGCUGGGACAUGACGGGCUACGGCUCGCACCCCCACCCGCACCACGCGCCGCACCACCCCCACCACCACCCGCACCAGCAGGGCAGCAAGAGUAGCGGCGGCCUCUGCGCCUCGCUGGCCGCACCCCCCGUGGGCCUCAAGGCGGCCGCGUUGCCCUACGAGCAGGCGCUCCUCUUCCCCACCAGCACGACCGCUCACAUCCUGGUGGCCUCAGCGAGCUCCUCGGUCGCCGUGGCGCCGUUGCUAGGCAGUAGCCGUGGGGCCCUGUGAGGCGGGAGCAACAGCGGGGCCCGGAUCGGGGCCGAGGUCACAACCCUGGCCGGCAUAGCGGUCAGUCUGCUGGACACGUACCAGCGGUGCGGCCUGAAGCGCAAGAGCGAGGAGUUGGACAAUCACAACCCCUCCCAGACGACGGAGGAGCACACCAUGACCCACAACGCCUCAGGCAGCACCGCAGCAACCACGGCAACCGCCACGGCAACAGCCGCGUCCACGGCGACGUCGAAGAACAGCAGCGGCAACAGCGAGGGCGACUACCAGCUGGUGCAGCACGAGAUGCUCUGCUCGAUGACCAACACCUACGAAGUGCUGGAGUUCCUCGGCCGCGGCACCUUCGGCCAGGUGGUCAAGUGCUGGAAGCGCGGCACUAGCGAGAUUGUGGCCAUCAAGAUCCUCAAGAACCACCCGUCAUACGCGCGGCAGGGCCAGAUCGAGGUGAGCAUCCUGGCAGCUGAGCACGAGGCGCCCGGCGGCUACAACUUUGUCUUGCGCCCUCACGAGUGCUUCCAGCACAAGAACCACACGUGCCUGGUGUUCGAGAUGCUGGAGCAGAACCUGUACGACUUCCUGAAGCAGAACAAGUUCAGCCCUCUGCCUCUGCGCCACAUCCGGCCCGUGCUGCAGCAGGUGGCCACGGCGCUCAUGAAGCUCAAGAGCCUCGGCCUCAUCCACGCCGACCUCAAGCCCGAGAACAUCAUGCUGGUGGACCCGGCGCGGCAGCCCUACCGCGUCAAGGUCAUCGACUUCGGCUCAGCCAGCCACGUCUCCAAGGCCGUGUGCUCCACCUACCUGCAGUCGCGCUACUACAGGGCCCCUGAGAUCAUCCUGGGCCUGCCAUUCUGUGAGGCGAUAGACAUGUGGUCUCUGGGUUGCGUCAUCGCCGAGCUCUUCCUGGGCUGGCCGCUCUACCCCGGAGCCUCCGAGUAUGACCAGAUCCGCUACAUCUCCCAGACGCAGGGUUUGCCUGCAGAGUAUCUGCUGAGUGCUGGAACCAAAACCACACGCUUCUUUAACAGAGACCAGGACUCCUCAUACCCACUCUGGAGACUGAAGACUCCAGAGGAUCAUGAGGGAGAAACUGGGAUCAAAUCAAAGGAGGCCAGGAAGUACAUCUUCAACUGCCUGGAUGACAUGGGGCAGGUGAACAUGAACUCUGACCUCGAGGGCAGUGACAUGCUGGCAGAGAAGUCCGACAGACGCGAGUUCAUCGACCUGCUGACCAAGAUGCUGACCAUCGAUGCGGACAAACGUAUCACGCCCAUCGAGACACUCAACCACCCCUUUGUCACUAUGACACACCUCCUGGACUUUCCUCAUUGCACGCAUGUAAAGUCCUGCUUCCAGAACAUGGAGAUCUGUAAGAGACGGGUGAACAUGUACGACUCGGUCAACCAGAGCAAAACACCCUUCAUCCCCCAUGUAGCACCUAGCACCUCAACCAACCUCACCAUGAGCUUCAACAGCCAGCCGGCCCCCCCUCCGCUGGCCACGGUGGCCCCCCGCACUAUGCCCCUGCAGCCAGCUGGACCCACCCAGCUCUGUCCCGCCCGGCCAGACGCCUUCCAGCAGGCCCUCAUUGUCUGCCCACCAGGCUUCCAGGGCUUGCAAGCCUCUCCUUCCAAACGAGGCUACUCAGUGAGAAUGGAGAAUGCUGUUCCCAUUGUAACGCAAGCACCGGGAGCACAGUCCCUGCAGAUUCAACCUGGCCUGCUCACACAGCAGGCCUGGCCCUCUGGCCAUCAGCAGAUUCUGCUUCCUCCAGCGUGGCAGCAGCUCACACACACACACACACACACAUCCGUUCAGCACGCCGCCGUCAUCUCCGACCCCAUGGCCGCCUCCCAGCCCCUUGCCAACUGGAGAAACUCUCAUCCUCAUGGCAGCCAUUACAAUCCCAUCAUGCAGCAGCCAACUCUCUUGACCGGUCACGUGACCCUGCCUUCCCAACAACCCUUGAAUGUGGGCGUGGCUCACGUGAUGCGACAGCCCUCGUCCAGCAGCUCUGCCUCCAAGAAAAGCAAGCAGCACCAGAUGUCCAGCAGGAACGUCUCGGCGUAUGAAGUAUCGUCCUCCUCCCAGACGGUCCUGUCUCCACAGCGUUCCAAGCGGGUCAAGGAGAACACUCCUCCUCGCGGUACCGUGGUCACCAACGGCCCUUCCUCUUGCUCUUCCUCCUCCACCGCCUCCUCAGCCUGCGUCUCCGCCCAGAGCUACGGAGGUGGUGGCGGGGGUGGGGGUGGGUGGAGGACGGGGGGUGGGGGCAUGGGGGAGCAAGCGUCCAGCACCACUCGGGACCCCCCUCAGCACCACGGCCACCCGCGCCAGACCAUCGUCAUCCCCGACACGCCUAGCCCCACCGUCAGCGUCAUCACCAUCAGCAGCGACACGGACGACGAGGACCAGCCGAGCCACACCCACAGCAGUUCCUCCAAGCAGCGUAAGAACGUCAUCAGCUGUGUGACGGUGCACGACUCACCCGAGUCUGACUGCAGCGCUGGCAGCCCCUAUGCCAUGGAGUCGCGGACAGCCAAUGUCGCCGUCGCCAAUGGAUACGACCCCAAGCUCAACGGGCAGCUGGACAACUAUGGCAGAGGCAGUGGCAACAACAACAACAACGGCAACCCCCGCACCAUCAUCAUCCCCCCGCUGAAGAGCAACGGCAGCGAUGGCCUGGGCGAGUGCGAGCGCAUGCUGACAGACACCAUGAGCCACCAAAAUUCGGUCUACAAAUACAAGUCAUCUAACGGAAGCAUGAUGGGAAACAAGCAUACCUCCGGGAUGACAGGGGGCAGCUCGUACCGUCAGCAACGCUUCCAACAGCAGCCUCUGAAUCUCAGUCAGGCUCAGCAGCACAUGGCAAUGGAGCGCGGUGGCAGCGGUCACCAGCGGCAGCAGGCCUACAUCGCGCCGACCCUGGCGGCCCAGGCGCCCUACUCCUUCCACCACAGCAGCCCGUCGCACACGGCCGGCGUAGCGCCUCACCUGGCGAGCCAGCCGCACCUGUACACCUACACGGCGCAGGCGGCGCUGGGCUCCAGUGGCGCCAUGGCGCACCUAGUGGCGUCGCAGGGGACUGCGGCAGCGGCUGCAGCGGCCGCGGCUCGGCACGCCGUCCACCAGCACGCCACUGCGGGCUACGCGCCCCCGGGCCUGGUGCACCACCACCACCACCACCACCAGGUGCCCGUCAGCAUGGCGCACCCGGUUCUGCCGUCGCCCACGCUGCACGCCGCGCAGUACCAGGCCCAGUUCACGCACCACACCUACAUCAGCGCAUCGCCCGUCUCCUCCGUCUACACUGGAUACCCACUGAGCCCCGCCAAGGUCAACCAGUACCCGUACCUCUAGAGACGCCCGCCACCGCCACCACCACCACCACCACCACCGCCCGCACCCACACACUGGAGCCUCCGCACCCACA